CGCAGCCAUUCGCGGUAUUUGGUCUCUGCAUUUUCGUCUGCAUGUACAAAAUAUAAUUAAAUGUGUUUGUAAUAUAUAUGUACUAAAGUAUGUAUGUAUAUACAUGAUUACCUUUAGGUUUCAGAGGCACACCCGCUAUACACAUUUCUCGCCGCUUUAACAAUUCAACGAAUACAACUUCCAAGGUCAACAAAGCGGCAGUAAUAGAUUGAUUUUCUUUAACGCAAUGCUGGACACAAAUGCAUUUUAAUUAAUACGAAAAAAUCAAAAAUAAUACUUAUGUACAAAUGUAUAUUGUAGUUGAACGUCAACUAUGACAUAUAAAGUGCAUAAAAUUACACAUACCUCAAAAUGUCCAAUGAUAUCCAAAAGAUUGUUAGCAUUACGUCGUGAAUUAAGGAAAUCGUUAGCCUUUGCACGCAGCUCCUUGGAUAUUUGGCUACGUAUAGCUCCAGGAUUUGCAACAGUUGCGGCUGAACCCACAGCCGUGGCCAUUUUACGCAAUUGGCAACUACAAAUUGUGAUCAACACGUUUUACCGUGUACUGAGUGAAGAAAGCAACAAUCACAAUAUAGAGGUAAACAAACGAGGAGAAAAUCUGGAAGGGUAAUGAACGGUGUUACGUAUUUCAAGCCGGUUCCAACUCGUGCAGCUUUAGUACUACAACAAAAGAAACAGCCCAAUAAAUUUCAGGCUACAGUAUUUGAAGAUCCUGAUAAAUCAAACGAUGAUGUACAGGAAUACAACAAGAUGUCAGGAAGCGGUGUCUCCAAAAGAUGUAACACUAAAGAUGUAGCAGAAGAGUUCGAUAUUAAGAAUGCACGCAACGAGGUUCUUCGGUUUGCCAUGAAUAAUCAACGCGUUGCCAAAAACAAAAAAAAAAUGGAAAUGUUCCAGCUCAUGAAGAUGGGAGGAAAGGCACCAAAGAAACCAUACAAAAAUUACAAGGACCUUUUGGAUGAACGCAAGCGUUUAAAGAUCAUACGUGAGGAAAGAAAGAAAUUUCAUCAGUUAGGCAAAACUCAGACUGGUGCGGCAUCUGUUAAAUGUCGAAGUAAAACCAAGUUGGAGAAGCAACAAAAGAAACGUGCACCUGUAACAGCAAUAGACCAAAAUUAUGGAGUUGCAAAGCCAAAACUGAAGAAAAAUAAAUAAAUUGAAUACAUUAUUGUACAUAUCUAUAAUUUUAUCAAAGAUAAUACAUAUAUUUUAACAAUAAUAAUAAUUCAAUUAUAACAUCGAUUUAAUAUAUCCGAUAAAAAAAAUCGAUUGAAUAUUUGAAUCACUGUGUACAUUCUGACAUUUAUCAGCUGUGAUUACGUGAUUCGCACGGGCAAAGUGAAAUUGUUUUCAAAUUCGCAAAAAUUAAUAGUAAAUAUUUAAUAUGUUCCACCGAUCCCGUUCAUUGUGUAGCAUUGUACGUCGAGGCUAUAACCAGGCGGCACAGGAUAUGGCUGGAGUAAAACCUCCGAAGGGACCAGGAGGUAGUGAUGGUGUUAAUCCCAAUGUGCCAGGACUGAGCAGCAACAUCGUCAAACUAGCAUCCGGUCCACUCGGUCCCGGUGCUUCUCAGAAUGGUGAAUAUAAAGUCCCGGAAUAUUAUUCAUUCAACCGCUUCAGUUACGCCGAAGCAGAAGUGGAAAUAGCAAAAUAUCGACUGCCCCAACCUUCCGCACAUCGAAAGUAAUCAGCAAAUAAAAAUGAAUAGAACAAUGUGAGAAUAAUAACUAACAUUAAUUAUCAAAAUAAAUAAUUCAACAACUAUA